ACUCCGCCAAGGCGGCGGAGGAAGAGGGCGUGUCGCGCCCGUGCAACUCAUUUCCCCGCCGCGCCGCCUGACGUCACACUUCUCUGCGCUUCUGGACUCUGCUGAAGAAGAUGGCGGCCUCCUCAGGAGUUAAGGUGCCACGCAAUUUUCGCUUGUUGGAGGAGUUGGAGGAGGGCCAGAAAGGGGAAGGCGACGGCACGGUGAGCUGGGGCUUGGAGAAUGAUGAUGACAUGACCCUCACGCAGUGGACCGCCAUGAUCAUCGGGCCGGCCAGAACCAAUUACGAGAACAGGAUAUACAGCCUGAAAGUGGAAUGCGGACCCAGGUACCCAGAAACGGCCCCAACUGUUAGAUUUGUUACAAAAAUCACCAUGAACGGGAUAAAUAAUUCCAACGGGACGGUGGACUCACGUAGCAUACCAGUAUUAGCCAAAUGGCAGAAUUCUUAUAACAUUAAAAUUGUCCUUCAAGAAUUAAGGCGUCUAAUGAUGUCCAAAGAAAAUAUGAAACUUCCGCAGCCACCAGAAGGACAAAACUACAGCACUUAAUCACCAUGGAUUGUUCUGACCCUCUGUCUUAAAAAGCCUACGUAGAAAUAUCAUUUCAACAAAAAAAAAAAAGAAACAACGACAAGAAAACAAAAGAAAAAAGCAUUGCUCAUCUACAGUAUUCCCCAUGCAAGAGCAGGAUUGGACUCUCUUAUUAUGGCCUGGCUCGUUCAAAAAAAAAAAAAAAAAAAGUCCCUUCCGUUCAGCAUAAAAGAAGCCAAGAAGAGCAGUCAAUGAAGUGACUAUUAUGUUCAAGCCGUAACAGCUUUCUGCUUUUCGGUGAUGACUGAAGUUGUGUGUACCACAGGGCCCAAUGACAAGAUCCUUUUUUUUUUUUCUGUUGGUUUUUCCACAUUCAACAUGCAGAUGGCUCCAUACCGAACUGUGACUGUAGUCUCCAAGUAGUGUCGCGAGGUGAGAGAUUUUUUUUUUUUAAUGAAUAUAUAAAUAUAUAUUAUGUAUUUGACACAAUACCAAUGUUUCUCUUCUGACAUGUAACAGACGUUGAAGCCUGUUCUAUUCCGAAAAAGAAUAAAAAAGAAAAAACUUGCAUUUAACUUCUAGUGAAAAUGGCAGGUGUAUGAACUUGUGAUUUUCCUAAAAUUAAAACUCACUGCGAAAAGACAACAAAGUUCUUAGUGCUUUUUAACUUGUUCUGUUUUGUUGUACGCGGGAUGUCGCGGUUAGCGUGUCUCACAGCCAAGAGGUUCUGGGUUCAAACCUCAGUUCCGGAGAGUCUGAGGCGUUUGCCGGUUCUCCCCCAUCCGUCUUUGUGUGGGGUUUCUACCUCUUCCUUCCACAAGAACAUGAAUUUUAAGUAGAGAAAGACCGGUAUGUUAUACCAGUAUGGUUUUUUGUUUUGUUUUCAGGGCCAAAACACUUAUAUAAUAAUCAAGGAGGCCAAUAACCAACAUUUAGAGUAAAUAAAUGUCCCCCGAUUUAAAAAAAAAAAGAAGAAUUUAUUAAAGGGUAAAGUGAGGGGAAAAAAAGUUAAUUACAAUAAUAUUCUAUGCGCCCCUAUGAGUCAAAACGCUGUAGAAAACAGAUGGAUGAUUCAGGUUUGUGCCACAAGAUGGCAGUGUCUGGCUGCUGAGUCAUGUUAAAAAGCACUUUGGAGUAAAAAGCACCGUUUUUUCUUUCAGGCCUAUGUUUUCAUUGAAAUAAUCUAACCAGCCAUUUAUUCCUUGCAAACCUCACUGUUAAGCUUUUUUUUUUUUUUUUUUUUUUUUACUGGAAGAGUAAAUUAGCCUCGUCAUGAUUGAUUGUGCACCCAAGCCUUGCUUAAUCUGUGCAUUAAUUCUCAUUUUACUUGUCAAUAUUCAGUCUAGCUCCGUUAGUAAUCUCUCACAUAUUUGUGGUUUGUUGUUUAUGAAUUCAGCCACUUUUGUGUGUUUUUGUGCCCAACGUGUCUCGGCUGUUUGCGGGAAAAACUCA